CUCGCCAUCAACAAGUAAGAGCAUCGCGCGAGAUGAUCAGGCGCACCUGCAGUUUUGUUAGUUGAAGUUCUCACAAUUACGGUGUUUCAGUGAUCUUGUUAUGAUCGGUUUUAUUGACAAUUUAUUAAAAUAACAACAAGAAUGCAGAAAGUGACAAUUUACAUAGAAGAUGACGAAUACAACCCCUUCGUGAAUCGCAAUGUGGCCAAACCAAACUCCAACCUCGGCACCCUGAUUCACCUGAUCAAGGGUUCGCUGGCCACGGGAAUUUUGGCAAUGCCCCUCGCGUUCAAACUGGGCGGUCUGGCGUUCGGCCUGGCCGCUUCCAUCGCAGUAUGCUUACUUUACGUUUAUUGCGUCCAUUUGCUGGUUGGCACAUCGCAGAAGGCCUGCCGACAGAACCGCAUUCCGGUGCUUGGAUUUGCCGAGACGGCGGAAGUUGUGUUCGCCAAUGGACCACCCAGUGUGCGACCGUACUCCAAACUAGCCAAAAACUACAUCAACUGGAUGCUCCUGAUUCACAGCCUACUGACGACGUGUCUGUUCCAGAUCUUCGUCGCGAGCUCGCUGCGCGACGUCGUCAACAAUCAGCAGCAGAUAGAGUGGGGCACGCUCGUUUACGUCGCCCUGGUGACGAUUCCGAUGGUGUUUAUCACGCAGAUACGCCACCUGCGAUACCUGGUGCCAUUUUCGGCGGUGGCAAACGUCCUCAUGAUUACGGCCUUCGGAAUCACGCUGUACUUUUUGCUCAACGGCGACGGGCCGGUUAGCUUCGCUGGGAGGAAUCUGGGACCGGAUUGGACCCAGUUACCGCUGUUUUUCAGUACGGUUUUGUACGCCAUUCAGGGAAUCCGUUACGUGCUCCCCAUCGAAAACGAUAUGAGACAUCCGCAGAACUUUUUGGGAUUCCGUGGAGUUGUGGUCCAAGCCAUUGCGCUACUAACCGUCCUCUACAACGUCACCGGAUUCUUCGGGUACCUCCGUUACGGAGAUGAUGUCAAAGCAACGGUCACGUUGAAUCUCCCAACGGAAAAUGGUGUAGCAGAAUCAACCCGACUUCUAGCCGGCCUAGCGGUCCUGUUCUCCAUGGGGCUCUGCUUCUACGUUCCGAUGGACAUUAUUUGGCGCUGGUUGGAGAACCGAAUCCCGCCAGCCAAGCGGAACAUCACCCAAAUUUCAAUGAGAUUCGGAAUCCUGCUCGUUCUCACCGCAAUAACCAUGGGCGUGCCCGAUUUGGUGCCAUUUGUCGGGUUUGCCGGGUCGUUUUGCUCGGGGAACCUGGUGGUACUGAUACCGGUAGUGUUGGAUUUGGUGUUCCGUUGGCCGACGCAGGACUUUGGUCGUUUUCGGUGGAUAUUGGUGACGGACUGCGUUCUGGCGGUGUUUGGAGCGUUCUUGCUGGUGACGGGGACGUACGCGAGUGUUAGGAAUAUUGUGGCGAUUUAUCAAUAAAGUUGUCGAAUAAAAAA